UCAGCGCUUGAAAGUGUUGCGGAGAGGUCGUGUUGUGUGCAACUUGUUCGUUCGUUUCGUUCCGUUCAGUGAAUUUUCCCUCAAGUUAGUCAGAAAAUUAUUGUUUUUCCCGACGUUUUGGCGUGCGAAGAUACAGAACAACAACACCGUAUCAAAUAGAUACAGAGCAAGUAAUUAAGCUCCGGAGGUUUUUUUUUCUGAUUUGAUUAUUUUUUUCAUUUAGUUUUUCACUCGAGAUAGGGCUCUCGAGAGUAAGAAAAUUAACAAAAAAAAAACAUAAUUAAAAUUAGUUAAAUGAAGUGUUGAAUUUCAAAAGAACUUGAGUGGAAAGUGUCCAGCUUCAGAUAAACAUACACCCCAAAGGCAUCCGUGGGGCGAAUUGUAUCUUUUCUGCUAUAAGUGCAUAGUCGGGUUGAGUGCCGUGCAACAAGUGGUUGACUGGCCUACGUACGUUACUCUCGUGCUUUCUGUUAAUCAAGUUAUACAAUCUAAUUAGUUGAUAAAUUAAAAAAAAAAAUAUAUACUUUUCCGAAGAUCUAAUUUCGAAUCGGAUAAUUUCAGCGGAAAGCAAUAACUGUGAACUGCUGAUUUGAGUUUUUCAAUGCAAAAUAUCUGAAUAUUUCCCGCAUUGAAUGUGCUUCUUGAAUAUUUUCCGGUUUUGCAGUUUUCUAUUUUCGUUUUAAUUCAUUCAUUGUUUCUGUGAAGCGAAUAAUUUCCCGGAACUCAAGUGAAAUGUAUACGAAUACACGGCAUCAUAGCUACACAACUGCUGAAUUUUGGAUGAAAAUGGUUUUGAUGCUAGUCUAGAGAAAGAUACGAUUUUUUUUGAACGGAGAUAAUACCCUUUUUGGUCGUUUUGAAAUUUCCAUAAAGUUUUUCCCGGAGUUUGUUGGUUUUCCUAGAAGCUGAGAGCUAUUUUGAAACCUGGUUAAGCCUGAAACAGUGUAGUUUUGGUUUGAAUUGAAAGUUAAGUUUUCAGAUACUUUCAUAUCUAUUUUGCCAAGUGUUCGUAUUUGAGAAUCUAUUCCUUUUUGGCGGGCAAAUUGUGAAAAUAGUGUGUUCUGUUUUCGAAAUUCUUGCACGCGAAAAUCUCGGCUUUCCUUUUCCCCAACGACGAAAACGGCAGACAAACUGGAUAUCAUCAAUAUGGAAACGUUUUACGAUAUAACAUCGAGGGAUCUCGAUAUCUGGGAUCCGGAACUAGAUACGCUACAUUCGGAUCCUUUGAAAUUAUCAGCAGAUACAGACAUGCAGGAUUGGUUUCUUGAACGUGAUUCUAAGAUGUCACAGGUCAUCUUGCACGACAAAUUAAUUUCAGAUGCAUUGAUUGGUACACUCCCGAUUAAGACAGAACAUUCAUACAGUUUAAAUUCAGAUGGAGAUUCAAUGCCAGAUUCACCGAGAAGUCUACAUACUAAAAUUGAAGACAUGGACGAAGAAUGCUAUCCUGCAAUAUCAAUGAGCACAGCAACCAACAACACACGAUGGAUCGUCGAUCCAGCAACAGCCUCGCCAUCCUCAAGUCAGAGCAACAGUAGUCAUUCCACAUCUGCAUCUCAGAUUUCCCUGAACAACAGCAGCUCCAGUUCACAUCAAACAUCCAGCAGUCAUCGGCAAAGUCAAAAGAUGCAAAUAGACACACAGGAUCAACAGUUGCUGCAAAACUCAGCGCUAUCAGACAACGUUUCAACAUCAAGUUGUGAUGAAAUUGACAUUGAUGACACAUGUAUAAAGGACGAACCACUUUCACCCUCGUCCAGUUGCCCGCCCAGCCCUGUCUCGCCAGCCUAUGGAAUCAACUUGAAUAUGGCGAAUGUGGCAGCCUUCACAAAUGCUGAUUUGGUCUUCGAGCACAAGAAUGGUUCCUUGCAACUAUCCCCUGCCUCACAGAGUCUUCUUAAGAACCAACAAAUCAUACUAAGCGGAUCGACAAGUCUUCAGCCACAACGGAUAGUCAUGCCAAAGCUUAACAUUAAAGUGGAACAAACAAACUCUACCGCCGGCGUUUUCAGCCUUCCACCAACACCGCCAUCAUCGUUACCCAGUGAUGAGUCUGAGGGAAAUCAAAGUCCUGAACGACAUCUUGCAUCACCAAUGUCCCCGCCAAAUGUUCAAAUUCAAUCAUCACCUGUAACCUCGACUACAUCGUCACAUCGGCGAUCGCAUCCUGCUUCGACGUUAUCAACCUCAACAACAACCUCAACGUCAUCGCAUAUAAGUUCGAGCGGGGGUCGUAUUGGAUACAGUGGCUCAUCUACCCGCCAACCAAUACAUACACCAUUGAUUAGCAGUCAGCCGAAAGGAUCAACUGGCACUCUUGUACUUACUGAGGAGGAAAAGCGCACACUUCUUGCAGAGGGUUAUCCAAUUCCAACCAGAUUACCACUUACCAAAGCCGAAGAAAAGUCGUUGAAGAAGAUCAGGAGGAAAAUCAAGAAUAAGAUUUCUGCACAAGAGAGUCGGCGAAAAAAGAAGGAAUACAUGGAUCAGCUUGAACGUAAAGUCGAGUUACUUGUAUCAGAGAACUCUGACUAUCGAAAACGUGUUGAAUCCCUCGAGGAUUCCAAUGCAAACCUGAUGAAUCAACUAACUAAGCUCCAAGCUCUGCUAAGUCGCCAAACCUCAAAGAAAAUGUAAAUUCACUUACAUAAAAGUUCAAUGCUGCGUUCAAUUCAGCAAAAUUUAUUUUUUUUUGUUUCUUUUUUGUCUUCAAGUCAUUCCUUAGACGUAAUGAAUACCAUAUAAAAUAAAUAAUGAUAUGUGAAACAGACAAAAAAAACAAACACACACAUACACACUAAUAAAUAGCAAUUAUUAUAUGCUCAAAGUGAAAAAUUGAAAAUCAAGAAAAACUUACAAAAGUGCGUUUUAAUAUCUAAGACGAUGAAAUAUAUCUUGUAAAAUAUGUAAAAUGAAAAAAAUUGUAAAAUUAAGUGAAAAAUUGCAAAAAAUUAAACACCAAUAAAAACAAACAGCAACAACAAACAACCAAGAUUAUUGUAAUCAAGGAAUAUAACAGCAAAUCAAAAUGUAGAUAAAAAGUAAAUUGAUAUAUAGACAUGAAGUAUUUUCAUGGCCUUAAUUAUUAUAUUCACCAAGGGGCAGAUACUUCCUUGACUGGUUUUAUUGAAAUUUUUAUUAAAACUAAACAAAGGUAAAUUUACAAAAACAAAAUCAUAAUUUUGUAGAAUUUUAAAUGAAAAGACAAAAGUUAUAAAAUCAAAUUAAAUUAUUUAAUUUAAAUUAUAUUAAAAUAAUAUUUUACAUUGAUGAUAUUAAGUAAGAGAAGAAUUAAAAGUGAAAAAUAGUAUAUAAAUCAUGCAAGAGUUACGAGACCUAAUUAUUUUUAUUAAGUCUUUAAAGAAACAAAAAAAUAUUUUUACAGAUGGUCAACUGUAAAGUUAAACCUUAAAAAUGAAAUUUUUGAAAGUAUAAUUGCUGCCUUAUAUAAUUGUGGGCUGGAAAACAUAAAAAUGAUAGUUUUCAGGAUUUUUCAAUCGUAAUGGUGUUUUCGCGUAACAAUUUCUUAUGAAAUUAUAAAAUAGUUUUUAAAAUAAAAAAAAUAAAAAUGUUUUAUGUAACAAACACUUGAUACCAGAAGGAAAAUCAUAUAUAAGGACGAUUGUUGAGAUCGAUUGAACACUAAACAGAGGAUACAUAUUUUUUUCCUAUUUAUUAAAGCAAAUUGUACAAAUUUAAAACAUAUAUGAAUAUAUAUCAAUAUAAAACUAUAUAUACAGAUUAAGAGCAAGCGGUGGAAAAUAUAUUAAGUACGAAACAGCUUAUAUUAAAUAAAUAGAAAUAAUAUUUUAUAUAAAACUUAUUAUAACAUGUUGAAUUAGACAAAUUUACUAUUAUUCUAUAUAAGAUUGUUAAGUUUUCUAGAAGAAAAAUCAAGUACCACGUAUAUUGAGGAGAUAUAUACGAAAUUUAACGAAAUACUAAGAAGAAAUGGUUGUAUGACGAGGGAACUGACAAACAAUGGAACACUUAUUUUACUUUUAAUUGAAUUUCAUCCGUUGUGAGUAGACUUACUUUCAGAAAAAUGAAUUUUCUUUCAAGUAUUUACUUUGGUUGUAAUAAUAUUUUUGACACUCCUCGCUUGAAAGCAUUUAUCUGGUGAUUCCAUCACUGUUUUAAGAUAUUUAAUUUUGUGCUUUGUUGAAUAUCCACAAUGGAAGAGACAUGCACGAGGAUUUGAAAUAUAAAUUGGUUUUUGGUUUUUAUAUUUUCUAUGAAAACUAAUCUUUAAUCUCGCUAGUAACUUGGAUUCUGAUUAGCUCGUCGUGCUUUUUUUGAAACUAUUUUUCUUUGUUAUUUCUGUUUUUAUAAAAGUCUAGAGCCACAACAAUCUUUUUCGCUUCUCCGAUCCAGAUUUUAUUUUUAAUUUAAUUGAUCUGUAUGAUAUUGAAAUGCGUAGUUACAUUUCUAGAAAAAUUUAUUUGUAUUAUUUUUUUUUUAUAGAAAUAUUUUAUUUGCUUGUUUCACGUAAGUUUUCAUGUAUUCUUUUAUAUUUAAAAAAAAAAUGGCCUGACCGAUGCAAUAUAGCGUUUAUUAUGAUAAAAAGAUACGACCUUCAUUAUUGAAGACUUUUAUGUCCUUGAAUUUCAAUUGUAAUGAUACAAAGUAUCAUCGGUAUAUAUAUAUAAGAUAACUGGUAGAUGAGGCUUUCAUUUAUAUAAUUUUCAACCCCAAAAAUAUUGAUAUUAAAUUGAUGGAACAAAGAAACCACGAAAAAAUCUUGAAACCUAGAACAAAAAAAUACCGGAAAUAUCUUAUAAUUUACAACAAAGAAGUACCGAAAAUUCAAAAAAUUAUAGUACAAAGGAGUACCGGGGAAAACAAAUAUAGAAUUCGCAAGGCAUAAAGUCUUCAUAAUGAUUAUAAUCUUUUAUCAAUUAUUUUCUUUUAAUUCUUUUUAUUUUAUUUUUUUUUUUUAUUUUAUUUAAAUGAGAUCUAAUUUUGCUUAUUAUAUACAAACAAUUUUCCUUGGUUAUCAUAUAUAUUUAUUUGUACUAAACGGCCACGAACACAGUGCAAUAAUAGAAAAAAAACUAUUUUAGUAAAAACAGGUUUAAAGUAUCCAAACUUUUUCAAGACCUAUAUCUUUCUAACUUUGGGAAAAAAACUAUUUUAGUAAAAAUUUUUGAAUUAAACUUUAAUUGUCAUCUAAGAACGUGUGCAAUAUCAUGCAGAGAAUGGGUAACAAUUCGAGAGGAAUAAGAUGUUAAAUCUUCAUUAUCGAUUCUGUUAAACUGGAGAAUAGAUGCAGGUUAUGUAUGUAACAUGGUUCAUAGAAUUAUUUGUGUAUGUGUUGAAGUUAAUUUGUGUGCAGAGAUUUUUCGAAUGGAGUCAAAAAAAGGAAGAAACGAGAAACUAAAUGACAUUAUUGAGUACCUUUGCAAAUUUGGAAUGGAAAUACCGCGGUGUGGAUGCAUGACUACAAUUCAAUAUUCCAUCCCCCUUUUCGCUUUUUUUAAAUCAAGAUACAUUUGGGUAUUGGAUUUCAGCUCAAUCGUGUCCCUCCAAAAGUGAAAGUCAGCCUUGCUUUUCAGUUUCUUCACUGGUCUAUCUCGACUGUUUUCCUUUAAGUCUCUCUCUGGGCAAACUCUCGACAGGACACUGGUCUAUUUUGACUGUCUUCCUUUAAGUCUCUCUCUCUCUUUCUCUCUCUGGGUAAACUCUCGGAAGAACACUGGUCUAUUUCGACAGUCUUCCUUUAAGUCUCUCUCUAUCUCUGGGCCAACUCUCGGAAAGAAAAUUUUGUGAUACCUGAUUUAAUACGAGUACAUACCAAACAUCUUUCUGAGAGCAUAUUCCCUAGUAAACCCUUUUGAGUAAAAGAUGCUCGAACAUUCAAUUAUCUAGGACAAAAUUAAGUUUGGUUGUGUUGUGUGGAAAUAUUAAAACCGCACCACCAACCACUCAGGUCUAAUUUGUCCUGUAGAGUCCCCUAAAACGUUUGUCCAGCCGGCUUCCUACCUCCGACACUCGCAAGCUUCUGCGAAUCUGGGAACGUCUUCCAAAAAAAAAGAGUGUACAGAUGCUUUGUUGAAGAAGACCCCACUGAGGUACAUAUCCUCAAAGGCAACGAACAAACUCUUAUAAUGACCUUUACGGUGAUGAGGAUAUCACAAUGUGACUUAUGCGUGGCUUCUCCGAGGUAGUUGAACGGC